CUCCUCACCCAGUCUCUCUCCCACCUAAUACUUGUCCCCAUUCUCCUCUGACCCCAACUCUCUUCUUUGUCCCCUUCCAAUUCUCUCCCAGUAGUUGCCUCACUCUUUCUUCCCAGGCGCUUUCUCCAAUUUCGACCUCCCCUCACGCCGAUCUCUGCCCUCUCUCUCCGGUUCUCUCUUGCCUUUGCCUCCCGCUCUUCCCUCCUUCUUCUUCCUCUGGCCCUCCCCCUCCCUCCCAGCUUCCCUGCCUGGCUCGCUGCCUCCCUCGCCUCUUGUCUCAUCUUGCCUGUGUUGUCUGGGAGGGGAGCCCUGCCUCCUCUCCCUCGCUCAGAUCAAUGCCCUGGCCACUCACUUUCUGAUGUUGCACGACGGGAAAUGCUUUGAAUACUUACGACAUGGCCGCUCACACUGAUUGCCAAGAUUGACAGCACUAACCAUCGCCUUCACUUGUUUCAAGGGGGAAGCCCCUAGUCACCCCGCUCUGCGCGCACCUCCUGGCACCCCGGCGGCAAACUUCUGCCGGUCAGCGCUCCCCCCCGCCCGGGGCGGGACACCCCCGCAGACUUGAGUUAACGGGCUGUGCCGGCCGCGGCGCUGGGGGGUUCUGCUCCCUUGCUCCCCGGGCUGUGCUAAUUGACCUAGCAUCGACUCCCCUUCCUUAAUUUUUUUUUUAUUUGUAUCUUUCCCUUUUUCUUUAAUGCCAUUUACUCCCGCGGCGCAGCGCACAAGGAGCCCUCCCGUGCGGUACCAUCCUGGAGCCCGCCCAGGUCACUUUCAUGAAUUCAAAGGCAAUUUACCAGUGAUUUCUGGGUGCUGGGGCUGAUUUUUUGUCCGUAUUUUCAGUGGUUUCUUGUGAUUUGGGAAGGUGUCAAAGGUGUUAUGCCCUCGAGUUCUGAAGUUCUGGCUGAUGUGGUAAGAGAAAGCCGAAUUGAAGAGUGGAAGAGCAGCCACUUCAUAAGAAUGUCUUCCAAGCAAGCCACCUCUCCAUUUGCCUGUGCAGCUGAUGGAGAGGAAGCAAUGACCCAAGAUUUGACCUCGAGGGAGAAGGAAGAGGGCGGCGAUCAACAUGUGGCCUCCCACCUGCCUCUGCACCCCAUAAUGCACAACAAACCUCACUCUGAGGAGCUACCAACACUUGUCAAUACCAUUCAACAAGAUGCUGACUGGGACAGCGUUCUGUCGUCUCAGCAAAGAAUGGAGUCGGAGAAUAAUAAGUUAUGUUCCCUGUAUUCCUUCCGAAAUACCUCUACCUCACCACAUAAGCCUGACGAAGGGAGUCGGGACCGCGAGAUAAUGACCAGUGUUACUUUUGGAACCCCAGAACGCCGCAAAGGGAGCCUUGCCGAUGUGGUGGACACACUGAAACAGAAGAAGCUUGAGGAAAUGACUCGGACUGAACAAGAGGAUUCCUCCUGCAUGGAAAAGCUACUUUCAAAAGAUUGGAAGGAAAAAAUGGAAAGACUAAAUACCAGUGAACUUCUUGGAGAAAUUAAAGGUACACCUGAGAGCCUGGCAGAAAAAGAACGGCAGCUCUCUACUAUGAUUACCCAGCUGAUCAGUUUACGGGAGCAGCUCCUGGCAGCGCACGAUGAACAGAAAAAACUGGCAGCCUCACAAAUUGAGAAACAACGACAGCAAAUGGACCUUGCUCGCCAGCAGCAAGAACAGAUUGCAAGACAACAGCAGCAACUUCUGCAGCAGCAGCACAAAAUUAAUCUCCUGCAGCAACAGAUCCAGCAGGUUCAGGGUCACAUGCCUCCGCUCAUGAUCCCAAUUUUUCCACAUGACCAGCGGACCCUGGCAGCAGCUGCUGCCGCCCAGCAGGGCUUCCUCUUCCCCCCUGGAAUAACAUACAAACCAGGUGAUAACUACCCUGUACAGUUCAUUUCAUCAACAAUGGCAGCUGCUGCUACUUCUGGACUCAGCCCUUUACAGCUCCAGAAGGGUCAUGUCUCCCACCCACAAAUUAACCCAAGGCUAAAGGGCCUAAGUGACCGUUUUGGCAGGAGUUUGGACACCUUUGAACAUGGUGGUGGCCACUCUUACAACCACAAACAGAUUGAGCAACUCUAUGCCGCUCAGCUGGCCAGCAUGCAGGUGUCACCUGGAGCCAAGAUGCCAUCAGCUCCACAGCCACCAAACGCAGCAGGGGCAGUCUCACCUACCGGGAUAAAAAAUGAAAAGAGAGGGACCAGCCCUGUAACUCAAGUGAAGGAUGAAGCAGCAGCACAGCCGCUAAAUCUCUCUUCCCGACCCAAGACAGCCGAGCCUGUCAAGUCCCCAACAUCUCCCACCCAGAGCCUCUUCCCAGCCAGCAAAACCAGCCCCGUUAAUCUGCCUAACAAAAGCAGCAUCCCCAGCCCCAUUGGAGGAAGCUUGGGAAGAGGAUCCUCUUUAGGUAAAUGGAAAGGUCAACAACAGGAAGAGAUUAAUGAAUUAGAUAUCCUGUCCAGUCUCAACUCCCCUGCCCUGUUUGGAGAUCAGGAUACAGUGAUGAAAGCCAUUCAGGAGGCUCGAAAGAUGCGAGAACAGAUCCAGCGGGAGCAACAGCAGCAACAGCCACAUGGUGUUGAUGGGAAACUGUCCUCCAUGAAUAAUAUGGGGCUCAACAACUGCAGGAAUGAAAAGGAAAGAACACGCUUUGAGAAUUUGGGGCCCCAGUUAACAGGAAAGUCAAGUGAAGAUGGAAAGCUGGGCCCAGGUGUCAUCGAUCUUACGCGGCCAGAAGAUGCAGAGGGAAGUAAAGCAAUGAAUGGCUCUGCAGCUAAACUACAGCAGUAUUAUUGUUGGCCAACAGGAGGCGCCACUGUGGCUGAAGCGCGAGUCUACAGGGAUGCCCGCAGCCGGGCCAGCAGCGAGCCACACAUCAAGCGACCAAUGAAUGCUUUCAUGGUUUGGGCGAAGGAUGAGAGGAGGAAAAUCCUUCAGGCCUUCCCCGACAUGCAUAACUCCAACAUUAGCAAAAUCUUAGGGUCUCGCUGGAAAUCCAUGUCCAACCAAGAGAAGCAGCCGUAUUACGAAGAGCAGGCCCGGCUAAGCAAGAUCCACUUAGAGAAGUACCCGAACUAUAAAUACAAACCUCGACCGAAACGCACCUGCAUUGUUGAUGGCAAAAAACUCCGGAUCGGGGAGUAUAAGCAACUGAUGAGGUCUCGGAGGCAGGAGAUGAGGCAGUUCUUUACUGUGGGGCAGCAGCCUCAGAUUCCAAUCACCACAGGAACGGGUGUUGUGUAUCCUGGUGCUAUUACUAUGGCAACUACCACACCAUCACCUCAGAUGACAUCUGACUGCUCUAGCACCUCGGCCAGCCCGGAGCCCAGCCUCCCAGUCAUCCAGAGCACUUAUGGCAUGAAGACGGACGGCGGGAGCCUAGCUGGAAAUGAGAUGAUUAAUGGAGAAGAUGAAAUGGAAAUGUAUGACGACUAUGAAGAUGAUCCCAAAUCAGACUAUAGCAGUGAAAAUGAAGCCCCGGAAGCUGUCAGUGCCAACUGAGGAGUGUGUGUUUGCUGAAUUAAAAUACUUUGACAUUUCACCUCCCCUCCCCCAACAAAAAGUUCUUAAAGAGCCCGCAUGCAUUUGUGGCUCCACAAUUACAUCAGCAGAAUGGUCUUAAUUGUUUCGUAAAGUGUGAGACAGAUUAAGUUUUCCCGGAUUUUUCAUGAACUUGAGUUUUUGUCGUUAUUGUUAUUGUUGUUGUUGUUGUUUUUUUAAUUUAGGUGAAGACAUAUUAAAUAUGAGACACCAGGACUUGAAAAUUUAUCUCAGCCCAUAGCUGUCUUACAAGUCUUAUAUUUUUGUCUUACUUUUUUUUUUUUUUCCUUUUGGAUGUUGAUAAAGGUUUAAGUUACUGUUUUAGAUGGGGUUAAACAUUCUCACUCAGGUAUGCUGUGCCGGCCUACAGGUUGUGAAUGUGUUUUUAUUCUGAAUUAUUGGAGAGAACAACUGAGGGUUCCGUAUUGUGAAGCAGAACAAGUCCGCAGCGCGUGCAGCUGCGUGUAGGGCGUAUUCAGAAGGCCUCGGAAUUCCAUUUUUCCAUGUGUAGAGUUAAACUUUGAAUGUGCCAAACUUUUCUCAGAACUUUUGAAUCUUCAUAUUUUGAAAGUCUUAAAGGAGACACUGCGAAGUCUUAGACAAUCUUUGGCAUCUUAAGAUAAAAUAGCAAACCACACAUUUUUUUUUCCAGAAAAUGGUAAAGUACUCAGGAAUCUGGAGACGAGAUAUUGUAAGGAAUGAACAAGGUUGCCACGGUGCACGUACCCAAUCGCGUUUGCCUCUUGACGUGCCAUCAGUGCGUGACGCGCUGCGACGCGCGCACCAGAGCGUUCACCACACCAGAUACCCACGCGGUGGUCUUCUCUGCCGGAGACCACCUCUCACUACAUCCAUUAUCCCUUCGCCUUUUAACCCUGACAUUCAGUCUUAACACAUUUUCUCUUAAAUAAUUUAUUCAUUCCAGAAUGUCAAGGGUCCACUUACUAUUUAUUUGAAAAAAAAUGUUGGUGGCAUUAAUUUAAUAGUUCUUGUUUUUCACCCUCCUUCCCUGAAGAUCUUUUCAGCCCCUUUCACCUCCUUCUCCUGCUACAUACAAAAGAUGUACAUAGCGAUUUUAUGUCCCCAGAGCAUCUGGAAGCAUUUCUGAAACAAGAUUCUGUUAAAUCCUGAAAUCGUUUUUAAACAGAGGUGUACAUCUGGCUGCAGGGCUGGGUAUUCGGACGCAGGGUAGAGUCUUACACGGCAACAGGCAUGCCCCCCAGGUUCUCCGUGACCUCAAGGCUUUGCCAGAAUUUCCCUCCACUUCAGUUUAGCAACGGUGCUAAGGUCGGCGUCAGCGGCGUAUCCCCUAAAUGCCAUUUGGCAGCAAGGGUCAGCCGUGGUGACUGCCAGGCAGGAGGGUCCCACAGCCAAGCCUGAAGCCCAAGGUUGUGGACCACGGAGGAGGCCAUCGCGAUGCUGUCAUGGGCUGGCACCUCCACACUGACUUGCCUUGUCGCAUCUGGCACACCUAGGGAGGUUUUUCUGCAAAAUCCCCAGGAUUCGAGAAGCCACAUGAAUAGCCUCAAGGCAAAGAUAGAGGCAAAUAGUCAUGAUACAUCCAGAGAAUGAAAGAAAAACAUAGGGAAGGAGAAGGAGGGGAAAUACAUUCCCUAUAGGGGAUGUUCCUACUGUUAACUCUGGGGAACGGAUGACUCCAGGGCUGCAGAUGAGCUCCUCUGGCUCCCUCCGUCCAUCGCUGGCCACGUGAGGGGGAGGGGCAUGCCUCCCUACGAACACGAUUAACAGCACUGGUCACAGGAGGAUUUCUCUGGAGAUGUGCUGAUGGGCUGGGAGGCAGCGAGGUUUCCUCCCGCUCUCCUAUCUACUGGGAGCUCAGCCAUGCCAUUUUGACCUUCCUGAAACCAGGACUGACUGCCUACGGUGGGGGAGGGAGCCUCACCUGGAGUGGUUCAAUGGGAAAAUGUCAGUUCAUGGGACAGUUCACCUCACAGGACAACCCAGAAUCUGAUCACCAGGACAUAGGAACGGCCCCAUCAGAUUUCUUGAGCCAUUUUGUCACUUGGAAGAAAAUAGUGUACCUUCAUAUUUAUUUAAGGAGUGCUCAAGGCCAUACCUACUAGCAAUAAAUAGGUCUAGCCAAGAUGUUACUGGUUGCGUCAUUAGCUGGGAGUGCUCUCCAUAAGCUGACUAAGGUACUGAUAGGAAUGUUUCGUUCUUAGUAUUGGUUGGGGAUUGGAACUUUGUUUUUGUACAUUUGUUUCAAAUGAGGAGGAGGUCAUUUUUUCUCAAAAAAUGAAUAUUUAUUAUUGUCUUACUGAUUUCUUUUGAUUAUAUACCUCUCCUCCUCACUUCAUACUCAUGUUUUUUUCUCUUUCUCUUUGACUCUUGCUUUUGCUGUCUCCUCCUCUC